AAUUCCCAUCGCAGAAACCCAGUGGCGGGACAAUGCUGCGGUCCUUUCUGACUCUAACUGCACUGCAAGUUCUGAACUGCAGAACUGGGAGCAGUCAGGCUGAUCCAUCAGAGGCGGCGAAAUUGAGACUGGUGGAUGGGGACAGUCGCUGUGCAGGAAGAGUGGAGAUUCUCCACAGGGGGAAGUGGGGGACUGUGUAUGAUAACAUCUGGGACCUGAAGGACGCCGCUGUUGUGUGUAGGGAGCUGGGCUGCGGGACCGCGCUCUCGGCACCGCUCUCGGCUCACUUUGGGGAAGGCUCUGGACCCGUUGUGAUGCAUAAUGUUCGGUGCAGCGGGAACGAGGCCACUCUGCGGGAGUGCAGAUCAUACUACUGGGAUGACCAUUCCUCUUCCUUGUCACACAAAAAAGAUGCCAGCGCGGUCUGCUCAGAGAGCCAUGGAACCCGAUUGGUUGGUGGUGAGGACAGGUGCUCCGGCCGUGUGGAGGUGCUGCACGGAGAGCAGUGGGGGACGCUGUGUGAUGUUCACUUUGGUUUAGAGGACGCCAGUGUGGUGUAUGAAAGUUGGUCACUGAGAUUGACGAAUGGGGGAAGCCGCUGCGAUGGUCGGGUGGAAAUUUACCACAACGGUCGCUGGGGUCGAGUACAGGACAGCAUCUGGGAACUCAAUGAUUCUAACGUAGUCUGCAGGCAACUAGGAUGUGGGGUUGCAAUUGCCGGUUACAACGUUUCAAAGUAUGGAGUGAGUGAAGGGCCUGUGUGGGUGAAUGAUAUCCAGUGUGAAGGAAACGAAUUGCAUCUCCGCAACUGCAGCUCAUUUGCAAUGAACUCGUCUCUCAAUGAGAGUAUCGACGUCGGGGUUCUGUGUUCAGAACACCAACAAUUAAGGCUGUCAGAUAGUGGAAGCCCAUGUGCAGGUCGACUGGAGAUUUAUUACAACGGGACCUGGGGUUCAGUUUGUGAUGAUUCUUGGGAUCUGACAGACGCUGACGUAGUUUGCAAACAGCUGCAUUGUGGAAAGGCUUUGGACGUGACACUUCCUGCCUCUUGUGGACCAGGCUCAGGUCCAGUUUGGCUGGAAGGAUUCAACUGUUCAGGGGAAGAAUCGUUUCUCUGGCAAUGUCCCUCUGCAUAUUGGGGUUCACACGACUGUACUCAUAAAGAGGAUGUUAAGAUCAUGUGCUCAGAACACAAAGAGCUGCGGCUGGUGAAUGGAAAGCAUCGCUGUGAGGGGAGGGCGGAAGUGUUCUACAAUGGUACCUGGGGAACAGUGUGCUCGGAAGCACUCAAUAGCCAUGAUGCUGAGGUGAUCUGUAAACAAUUACAGUGCGGCCCCCUGGAUUCUAUAGAUUAUACUGCUCGGUCAUUUGGAGAAGGAUCCGGAACUAUUUGGCUCGAUGAGAUGGAAUGUAAGUUUCAUGAGUCGACCAUUUGGCAGUGUCAGACAGACCCGUGGGGACAACACAACUGUUAUCACACAGAAGAUGCAGGAGUUUUCUGUACAGUCACAGGAGGAAAGAUAACGAAGGGCCAGGCCGGCAGUGAAAAGGAGUGCGGUCGAAAAUCAGAUUCGGUCAUAGGAUUGCGCCUGGUUGGAGGUAACACUAAAUGCUCUGGGAGAGUGGAGUUGUUGAGCAAUAACACCUGGAGCACGGUGUGUGAUGACUCCUGGGAUAUGGCCGAUGCCAAUGUUGUUUGCAGACAGUUGGGUUGUGGUUCUGCUCUAUUGGCAAAAGGAGGGUCCGCCUUUGGCCAGGGUGAAGGUGAGAUCUGGUCUGAAGAGGUGAGGUGUACCGGAAGUGAAUCCCUUCUCCCAGAUUGUCCUUCCUCAGCGUCUGCUCAACCUGACUGUGGUCACAAGGAGGACGCCAGUGUGAUUUGUUCCGGUCCCGAUUUAUCGUCGACUGCUUCUCCGUCAACACUCACUGGACAUGAAGAUGAAAUCACUUCCAUCCCUCUUGUGAUCGCUAUAACACAAGGGACCCUCUUGAUCUGUGAGUUCAUCGCACUAAUUGUGCUAAUGCGGAGACAAUCAUCAAGAAAAGGUUCUGCCACUGGCGGUUGGGGCUUACUGAUGGGUUUGCACGAAGCAAUUUAUGAAAAAAUCCAAGAUAUUCCGUCUGUCAGGGAUCCUGCUCGGACCCGUGGCCCAGGUAAAAGAUAUGGACAAAUCUAAGAUGCUACGGCCCCAGCGUGUGACUC